AACACGAUGACAACUUCAAGGUUUGCUUUGUACCUGACCUAUCUCUUCCUGGGAACAAAAGCUCAGAUGACCAAUGUGGAAUCGUCCAUAUAUGUGCGUCAAGACGGUGGUUUUUAUUUUGCAGAUGUCGGCAACAGCGUGACUUUGCGAUGCUACUAUUCAGGCCUUGGAGUGAUCUUUUAUUGGUAUAAGCAAACACUGGGACAGACACCGAAGCUGGUGUCCACAUUCUAUAAACAUGAAAAAACUGGCAGCUUUCGUAACGAAUUCAAGGACAAUCCUCGUUUCACACUCGACACAGGAAACGGUAAAAAUCACUUGACAAUCUCCGGUUUAAACAUUUCAGACUCAGCUACUUACUACUGUACAGGUUGCUAUGCAAAUGAUUUUGAGUUUGUAGAGGGCGUUACUGUUAAUGUAAAAGGUUCAGGUUUGAAAGUCCCAGCUUUGGUCCACCAGUCAGCUUCUGAGACCAUCCAGCCAGGAGGCUAUGUGACUCUGAACUGUACAGUUCACACUGGGACCUGUGAUGAACAACUCAAUGUUUACUGGUUCAAAGACUCUGAAGAAUCUCAUCCAGGACUCAUUUACACCCAUGGAGGCAGGAAUGAUCAGUGUGAGAGGAAACCCAACACACAAACACACACCUGCGUCUACAACCUGCCAAUGAAGAGCCUGAAUCUGUCUCAUGCUGGGACCUACUACUGUGCUGUUGCCUCAUGUGGACACAUACUGUUUGGAGACGGGAAAAAGUCAGACUUAGAGCAUGAAGUCCACUCUUUUGGCUUGGUGUAUUUCUUGAGUGGGGCUUUGGCGUUCACCACCAUCCUGGUUGUUCUACUGUCAUACGCAGCGUUUGCGAUGAACAACAGAAACCGCUGCCAAUGUACAGACUCAAGAUCUUCAGCUGCCUUGACUCCAAAUGCAGUGGAUUACCAACAUUCAGACAACAUCCAUUAUGCCGCUUUAAGGGGACUCGAGGUCAACAGAUCAACAAGACAGAGGGACGACAGACAAAGUGAAUGUGUGUACUCCAGUGUAAGGCGGUAG